AUGAAUCGAUGCAAUUGCUGUGCCUUAAAGGCAUCAACAUUCACUAAGUGUGCUCGUGGAAUUGUUUUUUGUGUGUCUAUAGUUGGCUUACUUUAUUAUGUAAAUGAAUGUUACAAAAAGCUUAAAGUUACUCCAGAAGUGUUAGUGAAUGAAAAAAUAGUCAAUAGCUGGUCAGUUCCGUUUCCUGCUGUCACAGUUUGUGCUCCAUUGAUAGCUAAAAGUGAAAUUUUAAACUUCACCAAAUGUCAAGAAGAGUUGACACAUGGCAGGGAUCUCAAUGAUGAUGUAAUGGAGAAAUUAGUGGCAUAUCAGCAUGUAUGUCCAGAGCCAUUUUACCUGGCGUCACUAAGGAAUAAAUAUGUAGAAAGUGGAAAAGACCAUGGAGUCAUAUUGAAACGUAUAUCAUCAAAAAUUAACGAUGUCCUUAAUAUUUGUGCCGUUGAUGACUUUGUAGGCUGUAAGCAUAUCUAUAUCCGGUCACUUACAGAUGCUGGAUUCUGCUACAGCUUCAACAUGCUUGGAUAUCAGUCAAUAUUCAAUAAUGGAAUUGUCAAAGAUUUUGACGUUUAUAAACGAACGAAAAUUGUAAAAACAUUCGAUCCAAAUGUAGUUCCUGAAUUUUAUGAUGACGUUAAUAAUCCAGAGCCCUCAUCAUGGUCACUUCAAAAGGGAUAUCCAGUAAAUGACAAUUCCUCUCAUCCAGUACCAGCAGUCACAGGACGAGCAUUAAUAGCUCAAUUAAAAAUUAGAAGAGAUGAAAAUCCCAACUUCUGUAGAGACAGGUCCAGCUUAUACUUUGUAUUCCUGCAUUUACCGAAUGAAGUUGCAACUCGGAUGCAUCAAAAUCACUUCUUUAAAUUGAAUACAGUUAAUGUACUUCAAAUCUCGGCUGAAAUAAAGGAAAAUGAUAAAUCAUUGAGGAGCUUUAGCAAACAGGAACGUGCCUGCUUUUUUGAGGGCGAAAGAAGGUUAAAGUUCUUCAAAUCCUACACAAAAAUCAACUGCGAAAAUGAAUGUUUGAUCAAUUUCACACGAAGGCAAUGUGGAUGUGUACGACCUACAAUGCCAAGGACAAAAGACAUGAAUGUCUGUAAACUUAAGGAUAUCCCUUGCUAUCAAGCAAUUGCAAAAAGUUGGCCAAUGAGUUACUUCAAAAGCACUGAGCGACAUCCAAAAUAUACGAAUUUUUUUUGUGGCUGCAUGCCUUUAUGUACACAAAUUAAAUACACAAUCAUUGAUAAAGUCACUAUCUCAACAGCGCAACAGAACGAUGGCCAUGAUUAUUCAACGUUGACGAUCAAAUUCGAUGAAGCUCAAAUCGUAAAAAGAACCAACUAUGUCACUUACAAGCUACAAAAUUUUAUGUCUGACGUCGGUGGAUUGGUUGGAUUUUUCUUAGGGUUUUCUAUGCUUUCUCUUUUUGAAUCAGCAUUGAAAUUAUUUUCCCUUUUAAAGGUCGUACUUGAUCGUUUGGUAUCAAAACAAACAGAGCAGGAAGUAACAACAGAGAAUAAGAAUGAAGUUCAAUCCUUGAACAAUGUUGUUUGGACAGAGGAUGAGACAAAUGUUAGUGAAAGAAAGGAACAGAUUUUUAUCAUACCUAAAAGGCCAAGUACACCGUUGGUAGUUGAGGAUUUGGAGAUGUAG